ACUUUCUCAGUGAGCAAUCAUGUCUCGUCUCAACUCCCGAGUCCCCUUUCUCAAGGCGGCUCUUUGUUCCCAAGGGGGAGGAGUUCGCCGUUCACUCUGGACAAAAACUCUCUUUUUGCUCUACUCCUUUCACCCAAACUUGUCAACUUACAAGCAGCAUUGCGCGGACAAGACGCCGCCCAACAAGCGGCUGGCGUGGCUCAGCUUCGUAGAAGACCAAUCUUUCGCCCGUAGAAAGUCUCACCGAACGCCCGUAGAAUAUCUGCCGCGUCCUUCUCGUACGUCCGUUACUAUUCCCAUUACCACUACCACUUACUACUACGGAUACAACUGCGCGGCCCUUUCUCGUACUUUUCUGCGCAGUAAUCUUAAUUUCCUGGGCAAACACGAUUACACAUUACACCUACAUCAUUGGCGUCCAUAUUCUGCAAGUCCAACAACGUACACCUAGCGCAAGCCCACCAAAUCUGCAACUGCAACUGCAACUCUAACUUGCUAUACGGUACACACCGGUUGAAGAAGCAGAAGCAAUUGAGAAGAAAAAAAAAGUCAUUACAUUUCACUUGCAUGUGCUGCUGCAGAUAGCGGGGCGAGAGGCUCCGUCGACGUUGCUUCAGGUGCAUCUAAAAUAAAACUCUUCAGGGGGGCGGGCGGGUUUCUUCUUCGUGUCUUCUCAGCUUCUGCUGCUGCGGCAAGCAACAGGCUACAACUUCUUGUCUGCAUGUUACCUAUUGCUGCCGUAGCCGUUUACCGUCG